AUGGACGAAAGAAUUGAAAUGGACGUAAAGAAAGCAGACUAUUUUGAUGAUUUAAGGAAAGUAGUGUUAAUUUCAAUGACCGGCGGACGUUACGAAGUUGAUGGAGGUUUAUUAUUUCGAACGAGCAGAUAUUACGAGGGGCUCGUGAACAGUGGAAUGAGAGACGCGCACGACGAGGGACUUACAUUGGGAGAAUUGUCUGAUGAGAGUCUGAACGAAAUUCGUGAAUUUUUGUCAACAUUGCAAAGUGAUAAAAAGGAUGUCGUUUUACAACCUACGAUGACGAAAUCAUUGGAAACCAUAAAAGAAGGGUUGAUAGGAGCAUCGUAUUUACAAAUUUGUAGCAUGAGUGAUAUUUACAAGGAUUUGCUGUCAAAUCAUUUAAACGAAUCAACAUAUGCAGAUCUUUUAAAGUGGUCAUCUAAUUACAUGUUGAGUGAGGUUAUUAAAAAAGUUCGUGAGUUUGUUUUAGAAAAUUUCAGUAAAAUCGAAUCGAAAUCCGACUUAUUAACGUUGGCGCCAGAUGACGUUUGCUACCUGCUUGAAUCGGAUUUUUUCAAUGCGGAGAGCGAAUUUGAUAUCUUCAAUUUCGUUAUACGUUGGAUAUCUGCUGACAGAUCGAGAAGACAACAUGCAGAAAAGUUGUUGACUCAAGUGAGAUAUAGUUUGAUGACAAGCAGCGAAAAAAAGAAAAGUAAUGAAAUACUUAAUGAACAUGGACUGAACAUCUGGAAAGAUGAAAACGUUGUAGAAAAUUUUCGCACAGUUGGUAUGAUAUAUACUCUUGGAUCAUAUACUUACAGAGGGGUUAGUGUUUCUCCAAUGUUCGGCUAUAUAACUGUUAAUUUUUUUCCUGCUCGAGCUAUUUAA